AUGGCGGAUUCACCAGACAACGUGCCGGGGCCGAAGAAGGAGGGGCAGAAGCUAUGGCUCUGGUCUCGGUCAAACCAAGGACCAGUCGGGGAGGGAGCUCCGGGCUCAGGGCCGACGACGACGACGACGGCAUCAUCACCGGAGCAAGCGAUAGCGGCCGCGGCAGCCGAAGCCAAUGCUGCCAAGCUGAACCCGACCGAGUUCCAGAAAAACUUCCCGACGCAGGACGGCAGCGCCGCACCCGGGUACCCAUCCAUCUCCGAGGCCGUCAAGUCCAUCAAGUCGGACGACUUUCUCUCCGUCACGCAGACACCAUGCGCACGGGACGGCUUUCUCACUGGCAUCGCCAGUGGUGCUGGCAUUGGAGGACUUAGAUAUGUCAUAGGAGGUUCACCCAUCAAAGCGGCAAACUGGGCCGUGGGCAGCUUCCUCGUGGGUUGCAUCGGCUCCUACGAGUACUGCCAGAUGAAGCGGCGGCAGGAGCGCGUCAAGAUGAAGAGGACGGUCGAGGUCUACCAGGAGUCCCUGGUGGACAAGAGGCGCCGGGAGAUCGAGCAGCUCAAACAGCAGGUCGAGCAAAAGAAUGCGGACGAGGCGGCCAAGGCCGCCAGCCAAAAGUCUUGGUACAAAUUCUGGUGA